GCGGGAGGCGAUGCCCGCGGGCUUCUGAGUGACUUGGGGCAAGUGAAGGAAACCCCAAAAUGGAGGACUUCGCGUCCCGGACCUAUGGCACCAGUAGUGGCCUGGACAACAGACCGCUGUUCGGAGAGACGUCGGCCAAGGAUCGAAUCAUCAAUUUAGUUGUUGGCGGCUUAACAUCCUUAUUGAUUCUUGUAACGCUGAUCAGUGCUUUUGUUUUCCCUCAACUACCUCCAAAACCAUUGAAUAUAUUUUUUGCUGUCUGCAUCUCUUUGAGCAGUAUUACUGCCUGCAUACUUAUCUACUGGUAUCGACAAGGAGACUUAGAACCGAAAUUUAGAAACCUAAUUUACUAUAUCUUAUUUUCUAUCAUCAUGUUAUGUAUAUGUGCGAACCUGUAUUUCCAUGAUGUGGGAAAGUGAAGUUACCAAGGAGAAAUACUGACCAUGUCUCUUCAAAGUUGUGUUUUAAAGACUUAAGAGCUUGAUGAGAAGACUAAAAGGUGUAUACACCACGUAACAAGGAGCCUUGAUGUUCAAACACUUACAGACAUGUGUGAUCUGGACUGGAAUCUGCAAGGCUGCCAUGGGGC